AUGCCUUCAUAUGCUAAAUUUUUGAAGGAGCUCCUCAGAAAGAAAAGGAAGUACAUUGAAGAAGAAACCAUUGAAGUUCAAGGAAACUGGAGUGCUAUCAUACAAAAGUUCUUACCCUCCAAGUUUAAAGAUCCAGGAAGCUUCAUUAUUCCUUGCACUAUAGGGAAUAUCUCUGUUGGGAAAGCACUUAUUGAUUUGGGAGCCAAUAUUAAUCUCAUGUCGCUUUCCAUGUUUGAAAAGAUUGAAGGGUUGGAACUCAAGCCUACUCGGAUGACUCUUCAACUUGCAGACAUAUCUCUGAAAUAUCCUUGUGGGGUAGCUGAAGAUGUGCUUGUGAAGGUAGACAAAUUUCUUUUUCCUGUUAUUCUUGGGAGAGCUUAUAUGAAGACAACAAGAUUUUUAAUUGAUGUGGAAAAUGGCAAACUGAAGGUGAGAGUACAAGAUGAAGAAGUAAAUUUUGAUGUAUUUAAAGCCAUGUCUCACCCAAAAGAUGAUAUGGAAUGUUUUCAUCUUAAUUCUCUUGAUGAAAUUUGCAUGUUAAAAGAAAAAAACGCAAGUGAUACUCUUUCUUUGGAGGAGAUACUAGUUGACACUUGUAAAGAGUUAAAUGAAAAAGAAGAGGAACUAAUGGAUGAGUGCUUGACUGAUUUGGAAGAAUUAUGA